GAGAGCUGGCCAAUGAUGUCAACAUGGACAAGAUCGCUGAGCAGAUGGAGGGGUACUCUGGUGCUGACAUCACCAACGUUUGCAGAGAUGCAUCUCUAAUGGCAAUGAGAAGGCGGAUUGAGGGAUUGACCCCUGAGAGAUACGAAACUUGUCAAAAAGAUGAGAUGCACAUGCCCACUACAAUGGAGGACUUUGAGACGGCACUGACCAAAGUGUCCAAGUCUGUAUCUGCUGCUGACCUAGAAAAAUAUGAAAAUGGAUAG